CCCGCCCCGUGUACUAUUUUCUCUCCACGAUUUCACCGUCGGACCACCAUCCUAUUCUUGUCCGCUCCCCGACCUGCCUUUUACCUUUUUCAUUGGCCGCCACCACCACCGCCAGCCUCCUGACGUGUCUCCGACUGUGUUGAUUGGCCGUCUUCCUCCCCCCUUCCGUGACGCGAUCAAGAUCGGAAGAGCCACUGCCGCUGCUUUGUCGCGCAAAGAUCGAUCUUAGGCGUCGUCGGGCCGCGGGGAGGUCAGAUCUUGGGUGGCAUUGGGGCGGACCUUUGACAGGUGGGUUGGUUCUGAUAGAGGAGGCACGACGGCGGCGGCUACGGCGGCAGCGGUGGCGACGGCGGCGCCGUCGGGUGGUGGUGGCGGCGGGUGCCUUGACUGCCUUCAGGAUGUGGUGCGGGCGCUGUCGAUGGGAUCGUGCCUGACGGCGGAGCAGCGGCCAGCCUCGGCAGCAAGGGCGGCGCCCUGGGGCAAGGAGGGAGAGGGCAGGAGGAGGGAGGAGGAAGUGCCCGGGAGGAUCGCCGGGAACGGCGUGGGCAAUGCGGCCUGCCUCUUUACGCGGCAGGGGAGGAAAGGCACCAAUCAGGACGCCAUGGUCGUCUGGGAGAACAUUAAUGGAAGAGCAGACACAGUUUUUUGUGGGGUUUUUGAUGGACACGGCCCACAUGGCCAUAUCGUCGCAAGGAAAGUUAGAGAUACUCUCCCUUUGAAGCUGUGUGAUUUGAUAUAUGACGACUAUGGGGAAAGCCCUAUCAGCAAUUCAGAUGGUUCAAUUCUAGAAGAGACUUUAUCUCCAUAUGCAGAUGCAGAGGACAAAUCUCCCAUGUCUGGACAGAAACAAGAACAUCGGGAAUUCUUUUGCUCAAUGAAAGAUUCAUUCCGAAAGGCUUUUCGAGUAACAGAUAAAGAACUUAAAUUACACAGAAAUAUCGAUAGCAUAUGCAGUGGAAGUACAGCAGUUACUUUAAUCAAGCAGGGCCAGGAUCUUAUUGUUGGGAAUUUAGGUGACUCUAGAGCUGUAUUAGGAACCAGAGAUCAAAAUGGUCGCUUGGUCGCUCAUCAGUUGACAGUUGACCUGAAACCUGAUCAUCCAAGUAACUCUCUCUCACUUCCCAAAUUUAAAAUAUGUUCUUCUAAUUUUCAGUUCCAAAUUGAGUCAUUGACUAGCUUGGUAGCUCCUGCUAGGCUGCUACUAGUGACCGUGUGAUGUUGUUGGGUUAGAGCACCUUUUGUCCAUAUCGCUUCUGAAGUUGUAUCUUAUCAUUCUCUUACAAUAAAAAUGCAGCAAUAUAACAAAUACUUGUUGCCUUCUUCUUUGACACAGAACACUUCUCUUGUUCUGUGUUCUUAGCCAACAAUUCGGACCAUUAAAAUAUUCAUAUGUUCCACAGAGGCAAAUUAUUUUAUUGCAUUGCGAGGUCUGCCUGCUGGUUAAUUUUUUUUUAAUUUUGCAACAUCACCCAACUGGUUAUCGACUUGUCGUUAAAGUCUUUUUGUAGUCUUAAAGAAGCCUAAGUGACCACUGGCCAGCAAAGUCUUUGCCAGAUCUGGAAUAUUUGUAUUUCUGUUUGAUGGAUGAGUAUGGCGCAAUUAUUUUUCUUUCAUAUCAUAGACAGCUCUGUACUGUAGUGACUUUAGGAUUGUGCUCAUUAUGCUAAAUCAGGGAAUGGGGCCAAAAAGGUGGUGUUGAUGGCACUGACCAUGGAGCCCACAGUUCAUGUUGGGUGGUUGAGGGUGCUUUUAUUUUUGUGGUGGCGGUGAGCAGAGUAGGGGAGAAACAGUUUGAUGGUGAUGAUGCAGAGGUUGUAGAAAAGGGGUGGAACAGUUCGAUGGAUUGUGAGGAGGGGGCAGUUGGUAAGGGCCAGCACUAUUAAUGGUGCAGCUAGUGCUAUGCCUCCAGGCGAUGCAAUAUUGUGUUAAGUGGGAUGGUUCUGCCCCUGAGGACUAAUGAGGUUAUGUACUACAAUCCUGUCCCUUUUAGGCAUAUUAAGAGCUAGUGAUCUGGUGAAACAGCUGAGAAUACCUAUUUUUUGUGAUUGAGCUAACAAAAAGGAUGAAGCUUACACUAACAGACUAGUGGGUUCUAUGGAGUUGGAUACCCCAAGGUGCAGUAACUCCAGAAAAAUAAAGAGAAUUUAAGCUCACUUACAAAAAGUGAUCAAGUGGAUCUCAAAAUGCAGGGCCUUGAUUUAUCACUUCUAAUUAAUUAGGAUCUCAGAAUCUUUAGUGGAUAUGGUGAAGACUGUAGUUGCAGGUACUAGGAAGAUCAGGUUUGAUGCCCCCAAAUGCCAUGGUGAUCAGGAAGAUCAGGUACUUGGCUAACAUGUCUAGGAGAGGGGAAAUAUAGGGAGAGGAGAUAGAGAUGGGGACUUCUUUCUUUGCUGGAUUGGCAAUAAUGUGGAGCUGCUACACAUGAUAGCAACUAAAUUGUAAUAGACCAACUAAUUGGAUAACAAGAGAUGAGACCCUUAUUUAGAGAUUAUAACAUAACUUAGAAAUACUUUGCUAGCUUAAGGAUGAAAUCUCCGAGCGAUCAACAUGGCGUUGAAGCCAGCAUGAUUGGCGGUGGCCACACUAGUGGCACUGUAUGCCAACCAUAACAUCUAACUAUACUUGACUACCCCAAAAGAUUAAGAAAAUAGGCCGUAUCUUUCCAGAAUCCUCACCAAGAUAGAUAUUGGGGUGCAUGGAGGGAAACUUUUUGAAUGUAGGAGCCAAGGAGAGGGCAGACAAAUCCCUGAAAGCCAGUGAGAUAGGUUAAAUGCCUCGAUGCCUUCCACAUCAGCUCAUGGGGAGUAGUUUUAAACUGCCAAUAAGUCAUGCACAAAUUAACGCAGCUUCAUUGUAGCAAAAUGGCCAUAAUCUUCUCCACGUAUUUGUAUUUCAAUCAUUUUGUACUCUGAAAAUCUAGUAGUUUUGCAAGCUUCAAUACAGCUGUUCCUUUCUUGUUCCAAAUUCAAAAUUAAAUUACUCUGCAGUACAACUGGUAUCCUCCUGUCUAGACUGUAGAUUAAAACAAGAUAGCACAAUUGGCCAAUACUAAGGCCGAAAUUUAAGCGCCUAAAACUAUCCAUACAGAUCAUACAUCGACAAAAUAGAAAAAGCAGAUGAGAAAUUUCCAACUGAUAUGAUACUUCAUAUGUGCUUAAAAAGGCGACGUAAUAGUUCAAGCCUGAUCAUGUUUUAAAAUGGGAGCAUUUUCAGCCUGACUGACAAAAUGUUUACCUUAGGAAACAUGCUAUAAUUCUCAAAAGAUAGGAGUCCAAAUUACCGCCCUGAUCUUGUCACUGAAUCUAACAGACACCCCUGAACCUAAUACCAGGAAUCUUGCUCCCCUCAACUCUCAUUACUGGCCAAAUGACCCCCUAGCCUGUUUUAACCUGGUUCCUAUCCUGCGUGUCACUGGUUUUACUAUUUUUUCUCUCCAUGUCAGCCUCUUUUCUAGCGUUUACCCUCUCCUUUGCUACUGCCGCUCGGUUAACAUACGUGAGCGAAGCAACAUGCGAGCGGGGUGCGGGGUACAGCCAGUGGAUGAUGACGGGCCGCACGGAUGAGGCUUCGACGACCGGCGAUGUCGUGGACAGCGGAAUCAGCGAGGAGCUCUGGCGAACUGCAAGUCAAGGUGACGAAUCGUCGGCGCGUCCCGAAGGCGGCACAAAGACGACAAGCCAUCUGAGCGGCAGUGCACAGGCGACCAGGCUGAUUCAGCAGAAGCACUAGAAAAAAUCGGGCAGGGCUGGUGGCAGCCACAUGCUCCCCAAUCCAAGCUCCUCAAUUCGGUGUAAUUCGUUCACGUGUUUUCCAUCGUUUCAAUUUUUUUCCUCCCAAUCUCUGAUAGGUGUGCAGCUACACAGCCAAGCACAAAACAUAACAAUAGUUGUAGCCAGGGGGCAUUGAUUGAUUGUGCAGGGUCCUGGCCAUGCCUGACGAGUUCUUGGACACCAUGUUGGAGAUUCAUUGUGUGCUCCCUGUAAUCAAAGGUUGCCACACCU